GUCAAUUGAUUUUAUGUUACUGUUCUAUACACUAUACUACUUGGUGCUCUUCUUCCCGGUUGCAUGCUCACUGAAUGCCAGAGUGAUAAUUUAGUUCGGCUGGCCAAAUUGUCCUACAUUCCCCAUGCUAAGACAGUUACACAACAGCGGCUCCUCCAGGAGCAUGAGCCCAACCAGUCCUGUGAUAAAGUCGAGAGAGAUGUCUUGCCAUGGUUGGCUUUGAAUUGGAAUUGGUUGGAGGAGUCCAUUGUAUGCGGCAGUCUUCCCAGUGCCGUAGGGCAAGACGACCAUUCAUUAGGAUUCUUCAUUUGGAUUUUGCAGCCCGAGUAGAACACCAGUCAACCAACGAACGCAGCAGUCUUCUCAACAGUAGGAGGGUCAUUUAUUAGAAUCCUACAAGCUGAGUGAAACAUAAGCCAAUCACUGUACGUGAUAGUUUUCGCAACGCCGUAGGGCAGCAGGAUCCUUCAUUAUAACCAAAGCCGAGCAAAACCUCUAGCAUUUGCAUGCUAUACAAUAUUAAAUCGAUUAUAAAAGAGAGACCUCCUCUCAGUCCAUUCACCAUUCAACAAACCAAAGCAUCCUCCAAACCCAAUCUACUAUCCUUCCCACCACCCUCUCAAAGACCACCAUGCGUUUCCCAACCCUCACCCUCCUCGCCCUCGCCAGCGCCAGCGCGGCCAGCCACUGGGCCGGCAUGGAAAACCUCCCCGACGGCGCCUACAGCGGCACCAACCACCGCGACGGCUCCACCACCAUGACCUCCCUAGACAGCGGCUCGACCUACACCUUCAACCUCGUCAAACCCGCCACCGAACAAGCCAAACGCUCCGACAACGCACUUUCCAAGCGCCUAACCAGUUGCUGGGGCUACGAGCUCGACCACGGCGGGACCGACGACGGCGUGAGGGAGUUGAAGGACUGGGCUGGGACGGCGGGCGUGGAUCUCGCUUCUGGGAACACUCGGAACUACUAUGGGUUUAAUAGGAAGGGGGUGUAUGUGUAUUAUUGCAUCAAUGGGCUGCAUACCCAGGGGAAUCUGGAUAUCAAGGAUAUCGAGUAUGCUAUGUGGGCGAUGGAUAAGGGUUGCGGGAUGUAUCAGGCUGGGUACUUUUUGUGGCCUGGGUCGCCUGAGAUCGUUGGGAGGUGCCGCUCCAGCACCGCUAUUUGCCUGGGGUAGAUUGUUUGGGAUUCUUUGCUGGUGAGGGGGGAUUCGAUUUCAUCUCGCACGCUGGUGAAAGAAGAAGAAGGAAACAUGGAGGGAAGCAGGAGCUUGGCAUGUUGUAUGGGGGGAGGAUGAUGACGGCAAUACACUCGUUUCUUCGCGGGUUUCUUUUGUUGAUUGCUACGGUUGGUACUAUUCUCACUAUGUUGGGUACGCAGAAAAAUAAAAACGCC